AUGUACGCCAAAAGCAUCACCAAAGCAUUCCAGAAACACUUUGUUACCGAUCCUCAGGCACUUGGCACAUUUACCGCUCCUUGGGAAAAGCUGAACACCGAAACAGUAGAGCUCGCAACUCGCCAUGGUCAAUACUCCUUGAGGAUUUCUAACGAGAUUGAGCGGCCGAUGAGAGACUUUGCCAAAAACAAUCCCGAGUGGCAAAACAUUGCCCUGGCAGAGACAAACUGCAAUCGGAUCGCAAAAGAGUAUGACGAGAAGCAGCUCAAGGUCACAAAGUACACCAAGGCUGUGGAGAAGGUCUCGGGAAAGAAGGCCGAAGUAGCAGAACAAAAGCUGAUGGAAUACACGAAACAACUCGAAAACACAAGGACCGCGUGGCGACUUGAAGGCCCUGUCAUCUUGCAUAAAUACCAAAACCUCGAUCAGAGCCGCCUCGAUCAUAUGAAGCAGAUGCUAGCUGUUUUCGAGGCGUUACAAACAGAGACGGCGCUUCAGAUCGCAGAGUUAUCGGGCCGCACUUCCUCGUCAGCAGCGGAAUUCGACUCUCUCAUGGAUAUGGAACUCUUUGCAUCCGAACUGUCGAUCAACUUGAACGCUCUCGAGCCACAUGAUGGCGCGUCCAUCGUGUCUGGGAUCUCUCAUCCAAGCAACGGCGACACAGUUGGAAGUCUGGACGGUCGGAAAUCCAAUGGAGCUCACAAGCGGGCCAUGACAGGAAGCAGUCAGUUGAGCAACAUUUCGUAUUCGACAGAACGCUCAGCUGCGCAGUCCAAGGCGGGAAGCGUGGAUCAGGCGAGACCUGUGGAAACCCUGGACCAUGCCCGCUCAGCGUCCAGUGUACUAGGAAGCGCGAUCGACGUUCCAACGAACCACGUGGAUGCGGACGGAUUCUCUAUUCCUCCUCCGGACCAUGGACCAUGGUCGGAUGCCGGCGGCGCAAGCAGCGUGUACGACGACGAGCGGUCAGAGACUAGCAGCUUUUCACAGGCACCCAACAAGAUGCAGAUGGAGAUCAAGAAGGACACUGUGACAGAGAGCAACGAUGAAGCACGCGCCGCAUUAGAGAGGGUCACAUCGACCCUGAAGCAGUCAAAGACUGUCAGCCGAAGACAUCCAGGAAGGAGAGAGGUCAGGAGCAUGUAUCAAUCGGAGGACACCUCGUCAGCCUACAACUCGUACCAUUCGUCACCUCUCUCUACCGCAUUCACUCCCGACUCGUCUCGUGAAACGUUGGCCACCCCGCCGGCCAUGAACUCCCCAGGAUCGAGGGCAUUCUUCAACACAUCCGCUUCGCACCUGCAGACUUCAACUCUCACGCCUGGGACGACCCGCGCGAGCACAUUGGGACUGCCCUCUUCCUCUAGCCCCGUUCAGCCACAGUUUAGCCACUCCCUCCCACCUACCCCAGCCUUGAUUGUUGCUAAUGGCUCUGGAUCCUCGUCAGGACUGCCACCAAUUGCGGUUUUGGGAAGUGGCCAGCCUCUUGCUACUGAACCCGAGUCGAUUGGCUCAAGCAUCAAUGGAUCUUCUGUCCCUACUUCACCCAUUAGUCCCACUCAUUCGGGUGCUCUGCUGGGUGCAGGACAACCGCAAAAGUGGGUUGUAUCUGUGAUUGAGAAGAUCCAUGUCCAUGCACAGUCUGGUGAGGUGACCAAGAUGAUGGUGACAGGAGAAGUCAUCUUGAACCUGGAGGGUACCGAGGUGGAUCCAGAAGGAUCGGUCAAGAAGGCUCUCUUGCGACUAGAUCAGCUGCAGAGCCUUGACAAGCAUGUGCCCAACCCAGCCUAUCUUUCUCCCAAGGAAGGAGUCGAAGGAGCAUACUGGGUUAAUCUCGAGGCGCUCUCACAGGGGAUGCAGCAGAAUGGUGUCGGUCAGGGCCAUGGCCAAGUUGUGCUCAAGUACCAGGUCAAGACGACGGAAGAGGAUGCCAGGCAGAGGAUGGUUCCGUUGAUGGUUCAGCCUGCGUGGAAGUGUGAGGCCCAUCAGACGUCGCUCCUGAUCAACUACAAGGCCAAUGCCCAGUGCAAGCUGUCUCGAACACAGCAGGAGGGCGGUGUCCAAUUGAGCGAAGUAUCGUUCCUGGUGCCAGUCGCGGGUGAUGUAACGAAUGUGCAGUCGAGGCCGACGGGAGUGUGGAACAGUGAGUCGAACAAGAUGUUUUGGGACGUGGACAAUGUGACGAUGAGCAGCAGCGCGCCCGAGCCGCACAAGCUGUUGGCACGGUUUGAGAUGAACCCUACUGGGGGAGCAAGUCAACCGAGUGCGGCAGCAGUCAAGUUUAGAGUGCAGGGUAAUCUGCUGUCGGAUCUUGUAGUAUCAUUGGAAAAAGAAAAGGAGACGACGGCUGCAGAAGGAGAAUUGGAGGAGGCGGUGGUGGAGGAAGAGGAGCGCGUUGCGUUUGGAUCAGUCAGACUGCAGGUUCAGUCGGGUCGGUACCUUGCGACAGCAUAG